CGUAAUGUCCGUUGCUUCAGUUUUGGAUAUUUUGGAAUUCUUGUUUUCUUCUCUCUAACUUUUCUCAGACUUAUCAGGAGUGAAUUGAUUGAAUAUAAUUAUUUGUAAAGACUUUGAGGGGGACCCCUUCGGCGUGCUGUUAGAACCCUGAGUUCAGUGAGUUGUGCGAAAAUCAAGUGUUAAAGACUUAAAGGCUUAAAGCCUUGGCAACUUAGCGUGAGUCAGAGCGAACUCAACAGCUGUGCAGCGCCAAUGGUACUCUCAUUUUGGUCGGGGAUGGUUUGAGGACGGGGCAGUGCACGAAAUACUGCAGAUUGCUGAUUUAUUCCUUGACGGAGGAAAGCCACAAGUGACGGACCGUGUGGCCAGCACGCCAUGGGCUUCGACUGUGAUCGCUUCGAGAAUCCAUCACAAGUCGACGCCGAACUCAUCUGCUCCAUUUGCUCAGGAGUCUUCGAUAAUCCUGUGCAGCUUCCCGAGUGUGAGCACGUCUUCUGCGCCGUGUGCAUCGAGCGCUGGCUGCUGGAGUCAUCCAAGUGUCCUCUGGACCGGAAAUCUAUCCAGUCGUCGCCCGGUGAACCCCGCGGCCGUUACGCCCCACGGCCUGCCCCGCGCAUCUUCCGCACACUACUCGGUCGAAUGCGCAUCCGCUGCUUGUUUCACACGCACGGGUGCAGUCAGCUGCUCAACCUGGAGCAUCUCGAGCAGCACCAGCUCACCUGCCCCCAUAAUCCCGAAGGUUUGGUGACAUGUGAUAAGGGCUGUGGCACCGAUUAUAAGAAGUCAGCUGGGCGCGAGCACAACUGUGUGACAGUAUUAAAGGAUAAACUGGAGGAGGCCAUGACGCUAAUCCAGCUGAUGAGCGGGGAGAUUGGCGAGCUGAAACGGAAAGUAAAGGAACUGGAGCAGGAGCCGCCGAUGGCUAAUGGACGUGCCAGUGUUGGCCGACGCAGCCGUGCGGCGCUGUGGACUCCUGAGGCCAUCAUGGCCUGGGCGCGCCACCUAUCGCUUGCGCAGGUGACGUACUGGGGUGGAUUGAUUAGCACUCCGGACGCAUUCCUGCAGAACCAGGUACGAGAGGCCCUGGAAAACAGUUGUGCCGCAGCUAACGGCCCGCUGGAGCUCAUAGAGGCGUUGAUGCACAAUUCGCAUGAGCGCGCCUGGCCGCCGGGACUCCGUACACUGGAGCGGCGUCUCUUCAACCGCACCAUCUACGAAGCCUACGCUUGCCGCCGGGUGCCGGGCAAUCAGGCCGUCAUCAUCCUUUCGGAGGAUAAUCGCCAUAUGAGCGACGACAUGAUCCUGCACCCGGGUCUGGUGGUGAUCUUCGCUCACGGCGUGGAGGACUGUGAUCCGCUGCAGAAUAUGCCCAACGGCGACAGCCGUUGUUGAUUUCUUCUGCUGCAGAAAUGUUUUGUUUGUGUUAUUCCUCGCCAUGGAUCUCGGUUCCCGCUAAUUCUUGUUUCGCCAUCUUAUCGCUCUAAUUUGUCAAACCCGAACUCACCGUAGGAAGCUGGUUAAUUUUAAUUAAUUUAGUCAGAUUAUUUAUUUUAUGCAAUAAUUAUUUCAAAUGCCAAAGAUGUGUGACCCUAUUUUCUCUCCGUUGAAUAUUUUUAAUGCGUUGGUUCUACGUUUUUUUUGACAAAGCUAUUUUCGGAUAUCGAUGAUUGUGCGACUGUUGUACUUUUUGUUUGGCAAAGAGUGAAAGAAUUUACACUUGUUACCAAAUGGCAUUUAAUUGCCAAACAACAGCAGGUGAUGAAACUGU